AUGGCUGCAUCGUCGCUGGUGUUCAGGCUUCAUGAGCGAGGUCCUGAGCUGGUGAGGGAAGUUCUUCUGGAGCGAGGAUGGGAGGAGUACGACGAAGGACAACGAGAGGAGGAAGACUGGAACCUCUACUGGCGAGGAUCGGCGUUUCGCAGCGCUGAAUAUCACAAGCUGUUACCGUGGCAACGCCUCAACCACCAUCCCAAGACCGUCGGCAUCACGCGCAAGGACUGUUUGGCUCGUAACCUGCGGAGGAUGAGAGCCACCUUCUCUUCGUCUCUCUACGACUUCAGUCCGACCGCCUUCAUCCUCCCCAACGACUUCACCCGCUUCCUGUCUGAAUACGACCACCUGCGUCUGACCCAAACCCUGCCGGUCUACUGGAUCUGCAAACCUGUCCGACUCUCCAGAGGCAGAGGCAUCUUCAUCUUCGAGAACAUUAAGGACUUGAUCUACGACUGCUCCGUCAUCGUGCAGCGCUACGUCAGCGAUCCUCUGCUGAUCUCCGGCUACAAGUUCGACCUCCGGAUCUACGUGUGCGUGAAGAGUUUCCAUCCUCUGACGGUUUACAUUCAUCAGGAGGGUCUGGUGCGUUUCUCCACCGAAAAAUACAACCUGUCAUCUCUCCAGAACCUUUACGCUCACCUCACCAACACCAGCAUCAAUAAGUUCGGACCUUUCUACAAAACGGAGAAGCAGCGGGUGGGACAAGGGUGCAAAUGGACAAUGAGUAAGUUCAGACAUUUCCUCCACAGCCUAGGAACCGACGAGCUUCUUCUGUGGCAGAGGAUCAAUAAUAUCGUGACGCUGACCCUCCUCACCAUCGCCCCCUCUGUUCCUUCCUGUCCAAACUGUGUGGAGCUGUUCGGGUUCGAUAUCCUGAUCGAUGUGAGGUUGAAACCGUGGCUGCUGGAGGUGAACUACAGCCCGGCUCUGACGCUGGACUGCCAGGCGGACAUCGCGGUGAAGAAGGGGUUAAUUGGAGAUCUGAUCGAUUUGAUGAGCUACAAGUCGAUCGACGGGUUGAGAGAGAGCGCGUAUCGGAGGCGAGGGAACCUGAACCUGAUCCUCGGCUCACGCUGGAGGACAGACAGACAGACGUGUCCGGGUCUCGCUUCCAGUCUUCAGGUGUCCGAGCCGAUGAACCACGACGACACCCAAACAGAAACUGAGACGCAGCUGUCAGCAGAGACGGACGUUUCCUCUCAGAUACCUGAUAUUCCUCCGCAGGCGCUCCGAUUCAAGAGUCCUGCUGCGUCCUGCAAACUCCCAAAUAUCCACAGAGUUGGAAGAAUCCGACCAGUAAGAAUCCAUCAGGAGGCAGAAACGUCUUCAAACAGACGACACGUUCCUCCUCUGAGAGUCGGAGGCUUCAUACGGACGUUCCCGUUUAACGCGGCGACCCUGAAGGCAUCACGACACACGCUGGACGUUAAAACAGUCAUACAGGAAAUUCACAAGCUGACAAAUCAGCUGGCAGCGGGCCGGUCGGUCAGGAAGCGGCCGAAGAGCGACGAGGAGGAAGAGAAGAAGAAUUCAGACGGAGGAGAGGAGGAAGAGUUUGAGUCUUUGUUCUGGGGGCCAAACAAUCCUCCGCUUCUCAGCCAGACUCUUAAACAGCUUUAA